AUGCAACCAUCUCCUUCUCUUUCCACAAUUUUCCAUUACCUUUUUGAUCUAAUAAAGAAAUUUAUGGCUUCCGAUGUAGUCCCUGAUUUCAUUUCAACCGUUUUUCAUAAGCUUUUAGAACUAGUAAAGAAAGCUAUGGCUUCUGAUGCAGUGUCUGAUUUCAUCCAUAAACUUUCAGAGCUAAUAAAGAAAGUUAUGGCUUCUGAUGCGGUCUCUGUUUUCAUCCAUAAGCUUUCAGAUGUAACACAGACAUUUAUGGCUUCUGAUGCAGUGUUAUAUGUGGUCAAUUGGUUUAAGAAAGACAACGUUAUUUCUAUUGUUGCAGUGGUAGUGGUAGCUCUCCUGAUUCAUAGUUUCUGCAAAUGUCUUACUAAGACGAAAACUGCAGGUAAAACAAUGAAAGCACCAGGGAAGAAUUUUCGCAUACCAAGAAAAGAGUUUGAAGCAAAUCCUUCUGGUUAUUUCAGGAAGUUGCGCAACAAAUAG